ACAAUACUUGAAACUACUAGGCUUUGAGAUGUACAUAAGGUCUAGAUUCUUGUCGAAUACUCAAUCAAACCAACCCAAGGAUUUUGAGCUGAAUGAGAACUGAUUCUUUCUGAGACUAUGGACUCAACUUCGUUGCCACUUUCCAAGUCGGAUGUCUUCAACUACGGCUGGGAUCUUCUCUAGACCGUCCAGUCCGAUGUCAACAAGAAGGCUGAUCUGCUAAUUGCUCUCGCUCACUUCCUGCUGACCAAAUACUACAACUUUCGUUGCGUGGGCAUUGGUGAUGAUAAGACAUUGCUAGAUGAUGAUAAGGGAAGUGAACUGCUUCCGGAUUUCUGGAAUGAUGAUGAUACCAAAUACUCGCUCCGCUAUGUGCAUGACAAGCAGCUGUAUCUGCUCCUGGGCCACAUCACCGAUGAUGUCCUGCUGCUCAACAUAAUGAAUAUUAAAACCAAUAAGGUUUCCAAUAUCUGUGUUACUCCGGACACCCUGGUGGGCGUUAUCAAGGGCAGUAUUGAUACCCUGAUGCCGAAUGCCGCGGAGCUGGUCGAUCGCUAUUGCAAUGAGCUGCUGGACCCAGUCUUUACGGGUAACUCCCGUGAAGUCACCACCCAGACGACCAUGAUUGUGGAACUCAAUCUUCCUCGGCGUCGCAGACGUGACGCCAUCUAUUGGCCGCGCGGUCUCCAGACUCGUCCUUUUGGAUUUUUUUAUUAAUUAAAGGUAUCAAUUUUCGAUGUCAUUUAACCGCUCAAACUGACUCACUUUUCACUCCCUUUUUUCCGGCCAGUUGGUUUCCAACUAACAAAUUCAAAUACCAAAGCCACCGCAAAGGCAACAAAAAACUGUGUGCUAAAGUAAAGAAAACGAGCAAAUUUGUGUAAU